AUGGUGGUUCAAGUAUAUGUCGAUGUCAUUGUGUUUGGCUCUAUCUCUCAGAAGAAAGUGGAUGGAUUUGUGAAGAUGAUGACCGACGAAUUUGAGAUGAGCAUAUUUGGAGAAUUAAAUUUUUUUCUUGGACUUCAAGUGAAGCAAACAGAUGAUGGAAUGUUUAUCUCUCAAAGAAAAUAUGCUCGGAGUUUGGUCAGAAUAUUCGAGUUAGUUGGGAGUAAGUCAGCAAAAACACCAAUGUCCACUACGACGAAGCUCAUCCGAGAUGAAGAUGGAGAAGAUGUUGACACUAAAUUGUAUAGAGGGAUGAUUGGAAGUCUACUUUAUCUGACUGCAAGUAGACCUGAUCUGUGCUUGAGUGUUGGAAUCUGUGCAAGAUAUCAGGCUAAACCAAAAAAAUCACAUUUACAGGCGGUCAAGCGUAUCAUCAAAUAUGUGAAGGGAACUGUGGAGUACGAUCUACAUUACACAAAAGAUACAAGCUCUGAAUUGGUGGGAUUUUGUGAUGCAGACUGGGGAGGUCAUACUGAUGAUCGGCGAAGUACUUCUGGAGGAUGCUUCUUUCUCGGAAAUAACAUGGUGGCAUGGCAUAGCAAGAAACAGAACUCAACAUCUUUGUCCACCACUGAAGCAAAGUACAUCGCUUUGGGAAGUUGCUGCGCUCAACUCAUGUGGAUGCGCCAAACACUUUCCGAUUCCGGAAAGGGUACAGGUCCGGAGAUGUGA